AUGUAUUAUGAACAAGCUAUUGAUAUUAUUCAUUCUCAAGGUUCUAUUUCUUUAAAAACUGAUAUCAUCGCUGAUAUUUAUGGUAAUAUCGGUAGUUUACACUCUCAAAAUGGAUCAUAUAAAAAAGCAGUAGAAUAUUUUGAAAAACAAGUGAACACAAAAUUAACAGUUAUGACAUCUGAAUCACCAUAUUUUAUUACUACAUAUACGAAUUUAGGCAGUGCUUGUUCGGCAUUGAAUGAACAUACAACAGCACUUGAAUAUCAUUCACGAGCUCUAGAUAUUGCACAAGCUGUCCUACCAAAAUAUCACGAGAAUCUUGCGUCAAUAUAUAACAAUAUAGGAGCUGUCUACGAAGACCAAAGUAAACAUGAACAAGCUCUUCACUAUCUCAAAUUGUCAUUGGAAGUCAAACUGAGUUGUAUGCCAUCUGAUCAUCCAUCCAUUGCAACGGCUUAUCAUAAUAUAGGUUGCAUCUAUGGAUCGACGCUUGAUUAUGAUGAAUCUAUAAAAGCUUAUGAGUCUGCUGUGACUAUCUUAGAGAAAAGUCCACCAAACACAUAUCCAGGAUUGGCUACAGUCUAUGCAAACAUCGGUUGGUCUUACUAUAAAUUAGAUGAAUUAAACCGAGCAGAAGAUUAUCUUCAACAAAGUAUAACUCUUCUAAGAUCUAUGUAUAAUGUUGAUGAUGAUAAUCAUUUUAAAUUUGCCUUUGCAUUCGAUACUCUUGCUCGUGUCAAAUGUGCCCAGGGUUUUCUCGAAGAAGCUGAAUGUUUGUGUCAGAAGGCAUUUAAUUUGCUUCUGACAGAGUUAUCGCCUGAUAAUGUCGAAGUCGGAUUAUCGCACGAAAAUUUUGGAAUCAUAUACAAUGCACAAAAGAAAUAUGAGAAGGCGCUCAUCUUUUUUCACAAUAGUGAAAUGAUUCUUCGCCAUAUCAAUCAUGAGUAUUCAACGUUGGUUCGAAUCUUUCGUGAAACAGGAUCCGUCUUCUACAAUCAAACAAAAUAUGAUAGGGCUCUUGAAUUCUAUACGAAAGCAUUAGUAUUGGCUUUCAAAGUGUAUGAAACUAAGAAGAAAGUUAUCGAUUCAUUAAAAUAUGACUUGGAUAGAGUUAUUGAUCAUGUUUUCGUUAUGGAGUAAGAAUUCAAUAAAAAAAUAAUGUGACACUACGAUGAACCUUCUUACAUCUAACGAGCGGGUAUAGAUGGGUAGAUCGAGCUUUUAAUGUUCAGCUAUUCUUCAAUUUUUUUUCUACGAAAGCAAAAAUCCACUUACCGUGACUCGUUUCGAGCUUAAUGAAGAGUCUAUUCUCUACAGGCGGUUUUAUACCAAGAGAUAUAAACAAUGAUAUAUGUCCGAUACAUAUAGUAAAUCAUAUAAAUUAAGAAGAAUUUUUAAUUAAUUUGAACUUGAUAUUUUUGUUUGAAAAAUGUCAUUUUAUUAGGAAUCUUUUUGAAAACACUGUUCUACGAAGAAUGCAGUAGUCGAGCUUAUGAUUAUGGAUCGAAACUAGGCACAGUGAAUUAUUUUGACAAUUAACCGUAUUAUAUACAGGGUAGUCCAUCAAUAGCACUACGAUAC